AUGGCUCGGGCUGACUGGAGCUCGACCGCGCGAGCGCUUGCCGACCAAUUCGAAGACGAAGACGACCACAUCCUCCCCGUCCACGAAUCCCGCCGGUCGACAUCGCCCAUAUGGUCCAGAAGAUCGCUCGACGACGGCAGCGCCAGUCAGCACCGUCCACGAAGUAACACGGCGAGAUGGAUGCAGACUGCAGACAAGUGGAACCGGAGAGGGAUGAAGAUGUGGUACAAAUUGACCCUCCUACAACGAACGGCAUUAUCUCUGGCAGGAGUGGUCCUCUUCGUACUCUCGAUCUUAUUCCUGUUAUACAACGAGCGCAUCUUCGCCUGGCUGAGCCCGGCGGCUAAGAGAUGGAGAGAACUACCCGCAGGCUGGCUAAUACUCUUCUUCAUGACCUUCUUCGUCUCCUUCCCCCCAAUGAUCGGAUACUCGACCUGCGUCACCAUCGCAGGCUUCGUCUUCGGCAUGAAAGGCUGGCUCAUCAUGGCCCCGGCGACAGUCAUUGGAUCCACAGUCUCCUUCAUCGUCUCGCGAACAGUCCUCAAAGGCUUCGUUUCUAAAAUGACCGAGAAGAACAAACAAUUCGCCGCGUUAUCCUUGGUGUUGAAACACGACGGUCUCAAACUCCUCUGCAUGAUCCGGCUUUGCCCUUUGCCGUACAGCUUCGCCAAUGGCGCUAUCAGCACUAUUCAAACCGUCACCUGGCCCAACUUUAUGCUUGCAACGGCCAUCGCCUCCCCCAAACUCCUCCUGCACAUCUUCGUGGGCGCGAGGAUAGGUGACAUCGCUGAGAACGGCGACAAGAUGGACACCAAAACGAAGAUCGUCAGCUACCUGAGCGCAGCCAUUGGAAUCGUAGUGGGCAUCGGUACAGGCUACCUCAUCUACCCGAGGAAGCAGCGGCUGUGGCGAACGGGCGACGGGGCAGCAAUCCUGACGGCGACUACACCGACGACCCGGACGAGCAGGAAGCCGUAG